AUGGCAGGUAAGCGGUUCUUGGGCCUUCAGGGCACGCAGCUGCAAAUCGCUGUCGGCGUCAUCGCCGGCAUGGACUUCCUGCUCUUCGGCUACGACCAGGGUGUCACAGGCGGUCUCCUGUCUCUGCAGUCCUUCAUCUCCGUGUUUCCGACCAUCGCGACCAGCGGCGAUUACUGGGACAGCCUCAGCACGCCCGAAAAAAGCACUCAGUCAACCCGCCAAGGCAUCACGGUCGCGGCCUACAACCUGGGAUGCUUCGCGGGCUCUAUUCCCACCAUCUGGAUCGGCAACUGGCUGGGACGGCGGAGGACCAUCUUCCUCGGCUCGUUCAUCAUGGUUAUCGGGGCGCUCCUGCAGUGCACCUCGUGCGGUCUCGCCCAACUGAUCGUCGGUCGACUCGUCACUGGAUUUGGCAACGGUAUCAACACCUCCACCGUGCCCACCUGGCAAUCCGAGUGCUGCAAAUCCCAUCGCCGGGGCCAGAUGGUCAUGAUCGAAGGCGCCAUGAUCACUUGCGGCAUCACCAUCAGCUACUGGAUCGACUUUGGCCUGCUUUUUGCCGACCCCAACUCGGUUGCCUGGCGGUUUCCGCUGGCCUUCCAGGUCUUCUUCGCCUUAAUCAUCCUCAGUUUUGUCCUUUUCCUCCCAGAGUCCCCCCGAUGGCUCAUCCUCAAGGGCCGAGAAGACGAAGCGAGAGAGGUUCUGGCUGUGUUGAUGGGCGGCGCUGCGGAUCCCACGUACAUCGACACCGAAUUCACCUCCAUCAAGGCCACUGUUCUGGAAAUGUCCAAGGGCUCGUUCCGCGACAUGUUCACCAUGACGGAGGAUCGCCAUUUCCACCGCACGGUGCUGGCCUACGUCAACCAGAUGUUCCAGCAGAUCUCCGGCAUCAACCUGAUCACGUACUACAUCCCGAUCCUGCUGGAGAACCAGGUCAAGCUGAGCAACGUGAAGGCGCGGCUGGUGUCCGCGUGCAACGGCACGGAAUACUUCCUCGCGUCGUGGGUGGCCGUGUUCACCGUCGAGAGAUUCGGGCGCAGGACGCUCAUGCUGUUCGGUGCGGCGGGCAUGUCGCUUUCCAUGGUCAUCCUCGCCAUCACGGACAGCAUCGGCAACACCCAGGCCGGCAUUGCGUGCGCCGUGUUCCUAUUCGUGUUCAACACCUUCUUCGCCAUCGGCUGGCUGGGCAUGACCUGGCUGUACCCGGCGGAGAUUGUGCCGCUGAAGAUCCGGGCCCCGGCCAACGCGCUGUCGACGUCGUCGAACUGGAUCUUCAACUUUCUGGUGGUGAUGAUCACGCCGGUGGCUUUUAACAACAUCGGUUACCGGACGUACAUAAUCUUCGCGGUGAUCAACGCAUUCAUCUUCCCCAUCGUCUGGUUCUUCUACCCAGAGACGACCCGCCGCUCCCUGGAAGAAAUGGACCGGAUCUUCAGGAAGACGACCAGCAUCUUCACGCUGGUGCAGACGACCAAGAACGAGCCGCACAUGUACGGCAAGAACGGCGAGUUGCUGCGCAGUCUCGACGACGUGGAAGACGCAGCUGUCCGGCAGGCAAGCAAAGCGCACAAGGAGCACCAUGAAAAGGGCAGCGAUGAGACGGUCGGUGAGGAGAGAGCGUAG